AACACAACCAAACCACCGAAUCCCGCACCUUCCAAUCCUCAUCACAGCCUCAGCCAUCAUCUCUCUCCCCUUCCUACUAACCCAGCAACACAACACCCCACUCCCGGUCACCAUGGCAAACUCCAAAAUGGAAACAAGUGCGAUUCUGUGCAGAGAACCAGUGAAUGACCAUGGAUAAGUAGAAUCUGCUCCCCAAACACGCUCAAUUCACUCCACAGAUUCGCGUCUCCUCUCUCAGCUAUGUUAACUAUCAUAAAACCGCGUUCCGCUCCCUUUCACUUCUCGUCUCCUGGAUCUUCUAUAUUUCCUUGAUAGCAAUCUCCGUCUUCAUUCUCUGGUGCUUCUUGUAUGCUGUGUUGCAGUACUUCAUUGAGGUUUCGCAGUGAGGUUGCUGGGCAGACUUGACAAUGGAGCAACAUGAUCUUGUCUCGAGACCGAGGUCGGUGUCCCGGCCUCCUAAGGAAGAAAUUCAGAAUCAGAAAUCAGAGUUGGAUGUUCAACAAUUUGCUGAGUUGCAUUUCGUGACUGAGCAGACUGCGAGACAUGAGCGGUGUUGGGAGGGACAGGUGGAUAGUAGACCUGCUUGUCCAGACUUCAAGGCGAUCUGGACUUGUAUCACCCCUAGGUUGCGGGAGCUGUACAUCGACCGUGUCAAGUAUAUUGAAAGUAAAGGCUGGGACUGGAUAUACGCAGACUAUGAAGGUUCCUUGAAAAGCUUGUAUGAGAAAUAUUAUGCGGGUAUUGAUCAGGGAACCGCUGAAAUGACCUCCCGCGUCGAUUUUGCCGAGUUCAAAACCUUGAUUGACAAUAUCGACUACGAAUCGACUUUCCCACAAAACUCUGAAAUUAAAGAAGGGGUUGAUACUAAUGAUGUCGUUUUCGAUCCUAUGUUUGUUGAUCAGAACAAACCAGAACCGGGGGCUGAUCUUUUAGACGAGGACGUCCCUAUGACGGACCCGGGCGAGGAGCCUUCUCUGAAUACCGAAAACCAAGAUAUCAUUGCCUUGGAGAACGCCGUGGCUAAAGGAGUUGAUGUGCUGAAGAAGCUGUCUGCCAUUUUUGCAGGAUCGGAUGCCUUUGGCACCGAGACAGACUGGAAAGCUGAGAUCGAGCGGACUCAAAAAUAUGCCUGUACGGAGAAGGUGAUCAUCGGUCUAGUCGGAAGCACCGGCGCAGGCAAAUCGUCACUCAUCAAUGCAAUCCUUGACGAAAAAAAAUCGACGAAGUACAGAGCAGAAGUCGAAUUCAUCAAGCAUAGUGAGUGGGAACGUGAGUUGGAAGUUUUGUUUGCAGAGCUUCUCGAUCACCAGGAAGAAGUCACUCGAGGUGCAAUCCCCAAGAAUUCGGAUGCAGCGGUAGCCUUGGACAAGAUUAAGGCCGUCUACCCCAUGCUGAACCCCAAAGACAUCUUGAACGCCUCCGUCGCCAACUUGAUGGCCAGCGAGAGACGUUUUCGUACCAGACUGAAAUCCUAUAUUGACAGCAAGGGAAAACGAGGCCGACCCAAGAAGUCUGCUAAAAGUCAGGAUGCUGCUGAACACCCAGACUCUGCCAGUGACACAGACACAGCCAAGCAGGGCAUCGGACUCUGGCCUCUUGUGCGUGUUGUGCGAAUCUAUACCAAAGCCCCAGCCUUAGCGACUGGUGCGGUUUUGGUGGAUCUUCCUGGCAUCUUUGACUCAAAUUCAGCGCGAGUUGCCGUCGCCGAAGAUUACAUGAGACGCUGUUCGGCUCAUUGGAUUGUGGCUCCUAUCAACCGGGCUGUUGAUGAUAAAGUCGCGCGUGACCUGCUCGGGAAGAAUUAUAAGCUGCAAAUGCAGAUGGAUUGUGCCUUUAAUGAUAUGACAUUCAUUUGUACUAAGACCGACGACCUCGUCCCGACUGAAGUCAUCCAGUCUCUGAACCUCGACUUGCCAGCGUUUAAUCAGGUUCAACAGCUACCGGAUAGGGUUGAAUGGCUGAAGAAAGGUAUCGACGCUUUCAAGAAGCCUAAGAGAUCAAUCAUGUCGCAGCUGGACUGGGUAGAGACCGAAAUUGAAGAACUUGAAGAACGUCUUACUGGCGAUGAGUUCGGCUGUGAUGUGUUGGAGAUCACUCCCAAACGCAAGAAGCCACACGGAAGCGAGCCCUCUGAGACGGCAACCAUCCAAGAGGAAGGCACCACCGUGAUUCCAGAAGUAGAAAGGCUUAAGAACCGAUUCUUGGCUCUCAAAGUUCAGCGUAAAGACUUACGGUCUCAGUUAAAGCAUAUUAAUGAGGAAAUGGACAGCAAAGUGGACGAGCUGAGAGAGCUAGAAGACGGGAAGCAACAAAUGGAGCACGCUGUCCUAAAUUCUUGCAUACAGGCGAGGAAUAAGUUUUCGAAACAACAGAUUAAACGCGACUUUGCCUUGGAGAUCCAGAGCCUAGACCAGGAAUUUGAGGAUGAUGACGCCGAAAACCCAGUACAGGCCACGGUUUGUGAUUAUGACGAGCUGGAGAGGAACCUACCUGUGUUUUGCGUGUCGACCCGAGCUUACCAAGGUCUCCGGGGACGGACUGAUAUGGCAAAGCUCGUUGGUGGCUUCUCCGAACUGGAGGAGACUGAAAUUCCGCUUCUACAGCGUCAUUGUGUAAGGCUCACCGAAAAGGCCAGAGAAGGAUCGUCUCGGAGGUACUUGACCCAAUUGAACCAAGUCUUGCAGUCGUUGAAGCUAUGGUGUUUGGUGAGCGCGGCAACAGGCGACGCCUCAGAGCAGAAAAUCAAAGAGAUUGAAGCCGACUUUGAACAUGUGUUGGAUGGACUGACAGAAGAUACGGAGGUGCAUAUGAUCCGAUUCAACCGCGUCGCCAGGGAAAUUUUCCAGGGGAACAUCUUCAAUAAGCUUAACCGAGCGUCGCGACAUGCGAUUGUCCAAUUCCCCGAAGCUGUCUCUCGCUGGAAUGCCCCAGGAAGUUCCGGGGGACUUCGAUGGAAUACCUACAAGGCUAUCUGUCGCCGUCGGGGAGUAUUUCACGACACAGAUUGGAAUCAAGAUUUGGCCCGACCAAUGCUUGACAAGAUAGCUUCAUCCUGGAAGAGAACAUUCGCGGAGCUCCUUCCGCAUUGCUUCCUUGAUCUAAAGGAGAAUUUGGAAGCCGCAGUCAGUCGAUUCCACAAACAGGCAAUUGAUUCCGUCAAGCAAGGUGUCCCUGAAGAGAUCCGACUCCGGCUGCAAGACACGCUCGUCGCGUGCCAUCAGACAAUGGGAGAGCAGUUUCGACAGGCUGAAAAGAUGACCAUGCAGGAACAGAAGCGUAUCAACCGAACGUUCGCCGAAGCGAUCGCUGAGCGACUGAAAGAAACCUACCAGGCCUGUGCCUCCGAGACAGGUGAGACUCUAUCACAACUAGUCGAGAAGUAUACUAACAUGCUCGUCACGACAGGACGAGGAAGCUUACAGCGUAUCAGGGCGUUGAUGCAACAGAUGGCAGACGACCACGCCAACGAUGUUCUGCGAGGCAGCAUGGAGCAUGCGAAGCACGAGCUUGGGAAGCUACUCGACAGCCAGCAAGCUGAGGUGGAGCGGAUUAUCCAGACUAGACUACGGCGGAUCUCACUGGACUACCAUGGGGCGCUGAUCGCGCCACGAAUCCAGCUGUGUACGGAAGAGCAGGCUCGGAUUAAAAGUGAGGUCGCGAAGAUUGUCGAGAGAGCUGAGGCGGAGUUGCAACUGGGACAUCUUUUGGGAGGCGUUCGUUCGUCGUAACAGGGGAACAGCAGCCGUGGCCUAAGAGAGUGGAGCACUGUGGGGAGGCAGGAUCGAUGCAGAUGGAAGGCGGGAGAGCAGGAGAAGAACAGAGAGGCAGCGAGAAAGGAAAGCAAUGUUACACGUCUGCAGUUAGGGUAAACGUGGACUGGACGCACCAGCAUGCGGGUGGCCCCAGCUUUGGGUAGAGAAGGUGAUGGACGGAGCGAUAAGCCAACCGCAGUGUCAAGAUAGUCUAGGCCACAUAGUAAAAAGAGAAAAAGCUUGUCAAACUGCGACCGCCAUGACAGACUAGAGGCUUAGGAUGGAGGGGAAUCAUUGGCAGCGCGUAGUGUUGCUGUUGGCAACUCGCAUGACGAAGGCAAGACGCUAGCCAGUGAUGGUCGGUGACCCAGCCUCCGAAUUUUCGAGCGACUGGGAAGCCGUCUGGGAUGGAGACUAUUAAUAUUAGUAG